CACAGAAAAUUCUCUCUCUCUCUCUCUCUAGAUCUUCUUCACAAUUCAUCAUCUUGUCCAAACAUUCGAAAAUUUGUUGCGUUACUACAAAUUGAUGUUAAUGGCUCCUACACCAUCAUCAAAAUCCAACCAUUCGACACCUUCGUCGAAAUCAAGCGCAUCUCACCACCAGCCCUAUACCCCUCAUUCCUCCAAGCUCCGCCUCAAUUUCCCCAGAGAAACCUCCUCCGCCGCCGCCGCGGCGGCUCCGCCGCCGGAUCACCCCGUGGAAGUCGUCGGACGAAUCCGAGACCACCCGGAGCACAGAAACAGCAAGCACACCGCGAAUCCGCCGUCGGCCCUGCAUGCCAACGCCGACGGGAAAUCCCUCCGGGUCAGAACGGAAACCGGGUACAGGGAUUUCAGUCUGGACGGAGUUUCGCUGUCGGAGGACGACGAUCUAGAUGGGUUCUACAAGAAAUUCGUGGAGUCGAGAAUCAACGGUGUUAAGAUGGGCCAGAAAUGCACAAUUAUGAUGUACGGGCCCACCGGCUCCGGCAAGAGCCACACGAUGUUCGGCAGUUCGACUCAGCCUGGAAUUGUUUACAGAUCGUUGAAGGGGAUUUUGGAGGAGGAAGAAGACGAUGACGUGGCGAAAGUCGGAAUGGGGAUGUUUGUGCAGGUUACUGUUUUGGAGGUUUACAACGAAGAAAUUUACGAUCUUUUGUCGCCGGCUAAUAAUGGUGGUGGUGGUGGAGGGUUCAGUCUUGGUUGGUCCAAAGGUGGCUCUGCUUCUAAGGUGAGAUUAGAAGUAAUGGGAAAGAAGGCGAAAAACGCUACCUUCAUCUCGGGAAACGAAGCUGGCAAGAUGCUGAAAGAGAUUCAGAAAGUGGAGAAGAGGCGAAUAGUUAAAAGCACCCUCUGUAAUGAAAGAAGUUCGCGAAGUCAUUGCAUGAUAAUUCUUGAUGUUCCAACAGUCGGAGGAAGGCUAAUGCUGGUGGACAUGGCCGGUUCCGAAAAUAUCGAACAAGCCGGUCAAACUGGCUUUGAAGCAAAAAUGCAGACUGGAAAAAUCAAUCAGGGCAACGUAGCACUAAAACGAGUGGUUGAAUCUAUUGCCAACGGAGAUUCUCACGUACCGUUUCGUGAUAGCAAGCUCACCAUGCUUCUUCAGGAUUCUUUCGAAGACGAUAAAUCCAAAAUUUUAAUGAUACUUUGUGCAAGCCCAGAUCCUAAAGAAUUGCACAAAACAAUUGCCACCUUAGAAUACGGGGCGAAAGCCAAGUGCAUAGUUCGUGGACCCCACACACCGAUUAAAGACAAAGACAACGAAGAUUCCGUUAUUUUGGGAUCAAGAAUCGCUGCCCUUGAUCAGUUUAUAUGCAAGUUACAGAUGGAGAAUAAGCUCAGGGAAAAAGAGUGCAACGAGGCACAGAAGGAGCUCAAGAAGAAGGAUCUAGAAGUUUCUUCACUAAGGGCAAAACUGGCAAGUAAAGAAGCAAGUGUGGAGGAGGUAAACUCGAAAGUCACUGAAAGGGUAGAAAUCGAGAAGAGGAAAAUGGAGGAGAGAGUAUUCCAACAGCAGCAGGAAAUUGAAAUGCUGAGGCGGAGAUUGGAAGAGAUCGAAACGGAGCUGAUACUCUCUAGGGGUACGAGUGGUAAAUCUGCAGAAAUUGAAGGGGGCAGUUUCAUGAGGAGGCUUUUGGAUGUUUGUAAUAACGACGAUCCGGAUAUGGUUAAGUCGAUGGAUUUGGUUCAAUCGAUCGAUAUGGAGACAACGAAUGUGCUGCCAGGUGGCGGUCUGGGUGGUUAUUACACGAACAAUAAUUUCGGUGAAGGGAGUUUUUCGAGCAAGGCGUUGUGUUUGACCACGGUGUUUGAGGAAGAGGAGUACGAAAACGAGGAUGAAGAUAGUAAAGAAGAGAGUAUCGGUGAAGAAGAGGAAGUGCAGAAGGAAGUUAUUGAGGAGAAAAAGUUCGACUUUUUUAAAGAUAAUAUAAGUGAAGAACAAGAUGAUGGGAAUCCUUUGGAUGAAGAGUCGCGUAAAAUGCGAAUUCGGAAUAUUUUUACUCUAUGCGGAAACUAUCGGGAGCUUCCUCAGCAAAAUACAAACGUGUCUGCUGAUAAUCUUGAUGUGAAAGAAAACAUGGGAGAACAAAAAUUAAGGGGCUCCGAUGAAGAAAAUCUCGGUUUCCUUGCUCUUGAGGAUUCUUGUCUGCCUAAGGACAACAAGCCGACUCGGAUUCAGGCACCGAAUCAUUUACCGUUCAGUUCGCUGGAGAACAAGAUUAACACCAACACUACUCCAAAUUCACAGUUGAGAAAGAGCAAAGAUGAUUAUUGCCUGUCGCCUGUUUCGACGCCUUUUAUUACUGUCAGAAAAAUUAAGUAAAGGUGAGUCGAUUUUUAUAUGUUUUGUAGAAGUCGAAUUUAUAGGGAAAAAAAAGAAAUAGUGCCUUGGAUGUUUAUGUACUCCUGGUGCAUGGUGUUGGUGUAGGUCAUUCUGUUAAAUACGUUCGAAGCUCGAUUUAGUUACAUUUUCGAAUUUUUAUUUGUUUUUUUUUUUUCUGUAAUGCUAUCAUCUUGCACUAUAUUUGUACAAGAAACUUUUGUCGAACUGUUCGAAUGUUGUGAAAUUACAUUUAAUUUUUCGUUUA